AUGCACGUCUCCACGUCCGCCGCCAACAGCCACAUGGCCAGCACGGUCGAGUCCUGGGUCGAAGUCGCUUCGCAGCCGUCGUCCUCGUCGCUGUCGUCCAUCGCCGACGAGAUUGUCAUCACCGGCCUGCGCGUUGGCAGCGGCGCGACCGGCAUCAACGGCGGCGCCAUGCCCGCGACGCCCCAGCGGCGACGGCGUCUUCUGCAGCAGGUCGAGGCCGCGGGCGGUCCUUUGUCGCCCUCGUCCUCGCCCUCGUCGACACGACCGCCCACGUCACACCCGACCACGCAUCCUACGUCGUCGCCGUCAAACACCGCCGCCGCCACCGCUGCUGCCCCCCGUAGUUUGGCCGGCAGCAGCCAGGAGGAGUACGACGAGACCGAAAGCGAAGAAGACCGCGUCCUGUCCAGCUCGGCCGAAAACCUCGAGCUGGGCCUCGACGCCGGCCGCCCACCGGCCCAGAGCUACGCGCUGCUCCAGUACCAGGCAGCAGCCGACGCCCGUCUGCGCCAGAGGGCGGCCGCCAGCGACGGCGACGAUGAGGAAGACGGCGACGGCGACGGCGACGGCGACAACGACGACGACGACGAAGGUACGGCCCUCGGUAUGCCUUCGUCUGGCCCGCCCACCUUCCGGCCGCAGCCCAACGCCUUCUCGCAUCCGCCCACCCACCUCCAGCACCCGUCGUCGCACCGCUCGCUGCCCACGCCCCGUUUGUCGCAGAUGCCGCCGCACAUGGCAGCUGGCGACGGGCCCUAUGCACCAUAUGCACCACGGUCGUCGCGGCCCGCACGCAACUCGGCACCCAGCUUCAUGUCCCCGGCCUACCGCGAGGACAACGAUGCGGCUCUGCGCGCGUCGCUGACCACGCUGCUGUCGUGCGCAGCGGCGGCACGGCGUCUGCCCAAGGCGGAGAGCAGCAGUGUUCGAACGGGCGGGGCGCCGUCGGCAUCGACGACGACAGCGACGGCAGCGACGGCAGCGACGGCGACAACAACCACAACGGCCAACGCUGGCCUGUGCCCGAGCAACCAGCUGAUGGGCCUGCGUCUCGUGCCCGAGUCUGAGCUGAUGGGCGACGACCACGACGCGAACGACGAUGCCUCCGUGUCGCCACGCACCCGUACGCCGUUCUCGCGCCCGUCUGCCGCCGCGGCCCCUGUCAAACAACAGCACCAACACCACUCGUCCCGCAACGGCGCUGUCAGCGCUGUCAGCGCCGUCUCUGCGUCCAGCAAGAGCAAACGUAUCGGCGCCAGCAAGGCGUCCCCGCGCGUCACCAAGAAGAAGCGCACCUCGUCCUCGUCGGCCGCCGCCGCCGCCGCUACGAACGACGCCGCUGCCGACGUCACUAUGAUCAGCCCGACGCUGCUGACCUGGGUCGUCAGUGCCGGCGUUGUUGUUCUUGUGUCGGUGGUCGGCUUCGGCGCCGGGUUUGUCAUUGGCCGCGAGGUCGGGCGCCAAGAGGCCGCGGCGGCGGCGUCGGCGGCGGCGUCGUCGUCGUCGUCGUCGCUGGCCAUGGCAUCCGCUGCCAACGGCUCCGCGUCUGCGUCGACCGCCUGCGGCCGCGAGAUUAUGCGCUCGUCGACGGGCAGCACGCUGCGGCGCUUCCGGUGGGGCGAGAUGACCAAGAGCGUGGCGGCAUGA